AUGGCUGCCGCAAAGACCAAGGCCCAGACCCUGAUCAACGAGAACGGCGUCGUCGUUUUCUCCAAGUCUUACUGCCCUUACUGCAAUGCCACCAAGCAGCUGCUGAACGAGCUCGGUGCCAAGUACACUGCUCUGGAGCUGGACCAAGUUGACGACGGUUCCGCUAUCCAGUCUGCCCUCCAGGAGAUCUCGUCCCAGCGCACCGUGCCCAACGUCUUCAUAUCCCAGAAGCACAUUGGUGGCAACUCCGACCUCCAGGCUAAGAAGAGGGAUCUCCCUGCUCUGCUGAAGGAGGCUGGUGCGCUGUAA